CGCAUCAGCAGAUUCAGCAAUCAUGGUUUCCGUAUCGGGUGAGAGUGACUCAUCUACGGACGCCUCCCGGGUGUAUAAUACCCGUGUGCCGGGGCCGGGGACGGGAGUGAGCGGACAGGAGGCAGGACCCAUCUGUCACCUGGGAUAAAGAGGAAGAUCUAAGUGACUGACAAGAAGAUGUUCCUGGCCGGAGCUAUGAGUGUUCUGGCCUUGCUUCUCAUGACUAUGAGAGAGUCUAUCUGUUCUGCACCCACCUACCACUGGUCAGACCAUGAGACUGGAGAGAUAGUUAAAUGUCAGCAGUGUCCUCCAGGGACAUUUGUAGGAAAACACUGCACCUCCAAAAGUGUGACAGAAUGCCGGCCAUGUCCUGAUCAACACUACACUCAGUACUGGAAUUACCUGGAAAAAUGCCGUUUCUGCAAUGUAAUCUGUGAGGACAGAGAAGAAAUUAAACAUGAGUGCAACGCCACCCACAACCGAGUCUGUGAAUGCAAGCCUGGUUACCAACGUGGCCUUCACUUCUGUGUCAAAGUCCGAGAGUGUGACCCUCUUUCUGAUGACAGAGACUGUGACAGGGCAGUGAUAGAUUUCAUUGUAAAUCAGAAUAUAUCACAUGAAAACCUCUAUCGACUGGAAGAAACUGUGAUCGCCCAGAAUGGUAUUGUGAGCCAUAAACGGAUUCGGAGUCUGUUACGAUAUAUCAGAAACCUCCAUCCUGAUGAUCCGCUGCUCCCACGGCUUCUGGAUAUCUUAAAAAUAGCCAAACUGAACAGUCUGGAGAGAAAGCUAAGGAAGAAAUUCAUAGAGCAAGAAAGUGGACAGCGUUCUGUCUUCAGGCAGUAGUAUCAACGUAGGGAUGUAUUUAUUAAAGCUCAGAGAUAGAUAAAAUUGCGAGAGAUAAAAUAUUAUCCAAUUCGUUUCUGCGUUACAAUUUACAGACUGUUUGAAAAAAUGAAAGGAGCUGAUUGGUCGGUACUUUAUCUUUUACAAUUUUAUCUCCAAGCUUUCAUACAUUCCCCCCUAAGGGGGAUAUCCAAUUACCUGCGGUACAUUACCGCAGGUAAUGAUAUCGCCUGGAGUUAUCCUAUUAACCACAGCUUGUGCCGGCUUAUUGGGGUUUGUGUUACCUUCUGCAGCACCGGCUCCUGACUGCGUCCGGUGCAGAAAGCUCUGACUCCUCCGUCACAUGACUGCUACCCCGUCACGUGAUUGCCACCGGGGGCGAGGGAAGAGGAGGGAUGUAGGUCACGGCCCUGCUCCAGCUCUCCAGCCGGGAGUCACAGCGCUGAGUGCCGGUACCUGGGAUGUCCUCCCUGCAGUCCCAGCCAUGGGACACUGGAGGGGUUGUUGCGGGUUAUCGGGAUUUUGUUUCACCUGCCUCAGACAGGCAAAACAAAGGGGUCUAUUCAUGAAGCAGUGAAAAGAAUGGAGAAGUGAGCCUGUGGAGAUGCUAUGUACAACUGUAUAGUAUGAAAAUUAGAAAUGUUACUUCAAUGCUGAUUGGUUGCCAUGGGCAACUUCUCCACUGACUCACUUCUCCACACUUUUCACUGCUUCAUGAAUAGACCCCCAAAUCCCCGAUAAACGCUGAACCUGUGUGUUUUUGCACGAAAAACUAUUUUUGUACACCCCAAAAAAAUAUAUUGGUGAAACAUCAGGAAAAAUCGCAAAAAAAUCCAGUUUUUCGCUCCCGAUGCUUUAUCGCGGGUAAUAGGAUACCACCCUAAAUGUCCAAGCAUUUACAGACAUCGUUUUUUAAACCAUGUACAUACUGUCCUAUUUACUAUAUCAUUGAAACCACUAAAAGAUUAUAAAAAAAAAAAUAUACAAAAUAUAAGAAAUUAGACUAAUUGCUGUGAAGUAAAAUAAAUAUUUAACUUACAGAAGACAUUCAUAUUUUGGUUUAUACAUGUUGUUCUGGAACAUUUGCUAAAUACAUAGGGUGGUAUCCAAUUAACCACGGUAAUCCAUCGCAGCUAAUUGGUUCACCAGGGGCUGUCCAAUUAUCCGAGAUAAGCCGGAGUUUAUCCCUGAUGCGGCAUUUGUCGGGGAUUAUGCUUCGCGUGCCUCAGACGCAUGAAGCAUAAUCCGUGAUACGUGCCCUUUAGAUUCACAAUAAGUGCCGCAAUCAGCUACAUUUUAUCACAAGGUUAAGAUGUUGUUGUUUUUUAUUUUGUUGGCCUGGCAUGACACAAAACUGUUCUCUGAAUACAUUUAAUGGAUACUACCUGUUAAUAUAAUUAUAUGGAGGAACAGCACUAAGGCGCCCAGAGAAUUAAUGCAACAAAUUUAGGAGGACUUAUACAAGUUCAUCAUUUAAAGUCUUAUAUAUUUGGCUAACACUUUAAAUACACAUUAAAUCUCAUGUUACAUUUUCCGUCUUUCCUAAAAUAAUGUUUAUUUUGUUUAUUGUCAUUUUGCACAUUUAAAUCUGUUCUCAAAAUACUGAACUAAAUUUUGUGAACGUGUUUGCAGCAGGGCCGUCUUUUCGUAUGGGCUCAAUGGGCAGUUGCCCAAGGGUCCCAGGAGUAUAAAGGUCCUAGUCUGAUAGCUGAGGGUCACCUUUUUCCAGGGGUACCAGAUUUUUAAAACUGGCCAUGGGGAACCAGAGAUAUCUGACUUCAAAGCAGUGGUCCCCAUCCGAGCCUGUUACUUGCUCUUCCCAGCCAGAUAUCUCGGGUUCUGUCUGACUUAGAGUUUUUCUGAGGGUAUAAUCCAAAAGCUGUGACUCUCCCCUUUUGGUAGACACUGGCAACUUGUCUCUACUUUGCCCAGAACCAGUGAUAUCGGCCUUCCAGCAGCCGGUCCCUACUCCAGCUCCACAUGUUUGGUAUGUUUUAUAUUUUUUUGGGGUGGAUUGCUCUGGCUCCUGAACUGUGAUCCCCAAGUCCCCAGUACCUCCUGAAAGGAGGGACUCUCUCAUAUUUUAUCCAAUAGAAAGCUAAGAAAUCUGUUUUCAGGAACCAGAGAUAUCUGCAGUCUGCAAGCUGCCCUUCCACCGGAAAAUGAUGAAUAUUAAGCCCACUCCACUAUCCACCCCUCCCCUGUGUUUUAAACACCCCCUACCACCCUGGAAGUCAUGUACCAGGGCCCCUUCAUUCAGCCCAAUGCCCCCUUCUACAGUUUAGUGUUCUCCCUCCCGACCCAUCUCCCACCAUCUGUGCAGUAAAGGAGUAAUUAGCAGAAAUUACAGCUCCAUGUUCUUCUGAGCAGAAGAUAGAACACCCCCUACCACCCGCUGGAUAUAAAUGCUGCCGCUUAUAGCACCCCCCACCCCUACCACUGGAAGAUGCGUGGGGGCCCCAGUGCAUUGCUUUGCUCAGGGGCCCACACUGCUGUUAAGACGGCCCUGAUUUGCAAUUUCUGUCCUUGUACAUAGCUGAGCCAUGUUUUCUGGUACAUUUUUGUCUUAACUUUUGACAGAUUUUUGUAUUGAUAGAAACAUAAUGUUUUCAUUUGUUCACCUCACUUCUUACUUUAAUUUAUUUUUCCCUCCAUUCCCCAUCAUUUCACAUCUGUAACUUAUAUUUUGGAAUGUGAAUAAAGAAUAUAUUUUCUAAAAAUAAAAUAGUUUAUACAGUUGUAUUUAUUUAUGAAAUAGUUGGCCAUUUCUGCAGCGAAAAGGUUAAAAAAAAAGUCACUGAUAUUAAGUUGUAAAUGUAAAACAAUACAAGGGUUAUCGGCAAACUCCUUCCUUAAUUCUGGCACGUAAUGUUACCCUGGGUACACAGUCAGCGCUACUGUAAUAUUUAUGUAAAAGGUUCCCCGACCUAUUCAUGACACAGUGACAGAACAGGGAAACUAGACACAGUUGUUUCUAUAAAUAACUUCCUGGAACAUUGGGUGACAUACAGGGAUAAUUAUGUUUAACCUUUGAAAUACUACCAUUGUUCAAUGUUUGAACUUGUAAAACAGCUCAUCAUGGUGAAUUUUGACAUUUACUAUAACAAAAAGAAAUAAAAAUAAAUAUCUAUA